AUGGGCUAUGCCCGAGCUAUUUCUAGUAAUAAUAAGAAAUACGUUAAAAUGGUCAUGAAACGUGAACUAAACAUCGAUAUACCUGUAGACAGUAAAUUAUAUGAAGGAUGUGUCUAUGGAAAAAUACAUCAAUGGAAAUUUGGAACUCGACCCUCAAAAAAUAAUCCUGGCUACGGUCUUUCUCAAGGUAUUAACUUUUUUUUAAUUGGCACUGCAUGUUUUCAAACGAGGAAACGUGAAAAGAAACAGCAUUUAACAAAUAAUGUGGCACACAUCGAAAUAAAAGAAGAAGCCGGUAAUAUUACUGGAAGUGGAAGGGCCAAUUAA